CCCCGAUGAACAAAAACUAAUCAAAAACUGAACAGCCAAAUCAAGAAAGCAAAGUUCUAAGAGGGAUGAACCGCAUUUAUGUCAACUCAACGGAAUUAACAUUAUUUUUAAUAGAUCUUUAAAGAACCUGGGAGAUUGUUUGAGAAUGGAGAACUUCACAGUAUUCAACGAGACUCUGGAAACCUGGACGGACCGCAGUGUCGAAUACAAAGUGAUCAGCGUCCUCGUGGUUUUCCUCAUAUGCGCUUUCGGGAUAGUUGGAAACGUGAUGGUCAUCCUGGUGGUCCUCACAACCAAACAUAUGCGGACCCCGACCAAUGGCUAUCUGGUUAGUUUGGCGGUCGCAGACCUGAUGGUGUUGAUCGGAGCCGGUCUGCCGAGCAUAGCGGACAGUUUGUUCGGUUCAUGGAUUUUUGGACACGCGGGGUGCCUGUGCAUCACAUACUUCCAGUAUCUAGGAAUCAACGCAUCCUCGUGCUCCAUAACAGCCUUCACUAUAGAGCGAUACAUCGCUAUAUGUCACCCAAUCAAAGCGCAGUUUUUAUGCACGCUCUCGCGCGCGAAGAAGAUCAUUUUUGGAGUUUGGGUUUUCACGUCUCUUUACUGCGUAAUGUGGUUUUACCUGUCCGAUAUCCAACAGGUUUCCUACAAGGAUGUGACUAUAAUUACGUGCGCUUACAAAGUGUCCAGAAACCUUUAUCUACCCAUAUAUUUUGUCGAUUUUGGCAUCUUUUUUGUCCUGCCGCUCACUCUUGCCACUGUCCUGUACGGCCUCAUUGCGAGAAUCUUGUUUCUUAAUCCUCUCCCGUCGGACAAGAACGGGCAUGACAACUUCUCCAAAGCCAAAAAGAACAAAAUGAAGAAUUCCAGCCGCUGCUCCAGUACAACCGCAGCAUCCAGAAGACAGGUUACAAAAAUGCUGGCAGUGGUGGUUAUUCUGUUCGCUGUGCUUUGGAUGCCGUACCGCACUCUGGUGGUGGUGAACUCUUUCCUGCAAGAAGCCUACCUGGACACCUGGUUUCUGCUGUUCUGCCGCACAUGUGUCUACCUCAACAGCGCCAUCAACCCUCUUAUCUACAACGCUAUGUCUCAAAAGUUCCGCGCUGCCUUCAAAAGGCUCUGCCGCUGCGGACGCACCGCUCUGGUGAACAAGGCAGCUUAUAGUGUGGCACUAACCUACAGUGUUGCCAAGGAAACGUCAACGGUGGGAAGCACUGGGCAUUUUUCAACCGAGAUAGACGAUUUGACACCGACAGACGAGCUGUUCCCUGAUAAGAAGCUUCUGUAUCCGGAGAACUGUGACUUUAGUAAGGAGACUUUCAGUCAGGCCUGAUAAACCCACAACAGCUACACACAGCACUGAGUGCUAGCGAUCUGC